AGCGCCCUUGUCCUGCAGUCUCUUCGAGGUGGCGUCCUACCAACGACAGGUGUCCUGAUGCAUAUCGAGGACCCUCGGACCUGGGUGCAACGAGAGGCCGUUUCACGCUCAUUUGUAUGCCGCCUUGGAGUGGCAGAUUCCGGGGACACCGUGCGGGGAAGAAGAAGAAAAAAAAGUCUGAAAUCUCUAGACCAGAGUGGAAGGCGGUGCGACCCAGUUGCGCCUUUCGGCCAGGAGCGCUUGGCUCGGCUCUGGAGAAGGGCGGCGCGUUCUCCAACGUGCUCCGGUGGCCGCCAGGUCGACUAAUCGCCGGUCGACUCGCGGCGGUACCGCACGCGAUUUACGCGCGAACGCGAGGGGAUUAACGGUCGUUCUUUUCUCGGUUCGUUGCACGGAGGGAGACGGGCUUUUCGGAAGCAUCCUCCAGGAAGAACCCAACCCGCCACCCUGCCCCUUACGGCAUGGGGAACAGCUGCGACCCUCCGGAGACGGAUACGUAGAAUCCCGAAAGAGGGGAACUCGGCAGUCUUUAUCGAGUGCCCGAAGAAAGUACACCGGGGACCUAGGGACUAGUGGAUUAAAUCCCAAGUGGGUAAUGAACUUUCGCACGGGAGAAAGUUCCGCGAGGAGUGCUGGAAAAUCAUCCUGGAGAUCCAUCCGGUGACUCGGAGAGUUCCAUCCUCCGAUAAAAAGCGUAGAGCCUCUUGAGAGGUCCUAAUGACCUCUUAGGGGACUCGAAAGAGAUCCCCCCGUGAAAGUUCUGCAGACUUGUACGAAGAUGCUCAUGAUGGCCGCAAGUGUUUCCGUUCCGUGCAGUGACUAGUGACUCGUGAGAUUUCUCCACGUCCCUCCGAUGAGCUGCUGAUCCGAAAGUCAUCUCGCGCGAUGCCUUGGACCAGCUCCGAAAAUUCUCUCAGAGAGGAAUCAGAGAUCUAGCGACACUCCUAGAGGGACUUCCGGGAGGAACGGCGAACGAAGAUGACGGUCUCGACGGAGCACAAGAGGAAGACCUCCUGGGACUCCAAGAUAUCCGUGAGCACGGUCAGCACGAGGAGGUUCAGCAGAGCUGGGACCCCCAGCUCUAUUCUCUCUUCGGACAGCGACAUCCGGUUCACCAGGAAGCUGGGGGGCCAAUACAGAUGCGGAUGCUGCGUCCUAGCCGCUUUUCUACUCUUCCUCCUCUUCUCCGGGGUCUCCAUCUACCUCGGAUACACGUUCUUGAUGGCGGACCUCGGUGGAGAUCAGAUUUUCCUUGCGACUUUCCGAGUGAUCGAGGGCGACUCCUUUGCAUCCGAACUCGCCGAUCCAUCCACUGAGGCUUUUCGAAUUCGAUCCAGAGAGUAUCGAGACAGACUGAAUUUAGUUUUCCGACGAAGUCCUUUGAAGCUGUCCUUCCUGGGAACGGAAAUCCUGGCGCUUGAUGGAACCGAGAGUCGAGAUCUGGUGGUCCACUUCGACGUGCGAUUCGACCCCCUGUUUCGUACGAUAACUGUCCCCGAAGUGGUGGACGUCCUGGAACGCGAGAUUACCUCCGAGUAUCCGAAAUACCUCGGGAAUCUGACGGUGGAUCCGAAAAGCAUCGAGGUCCAGGAAAGUCUCGACGCUCUGAGGAGUCAGGUGUCGAUGCAGACCACGGUGUCCACUUUGCCUCCAACCACGACUGCACCACCUCCCAGAAAGUGCAGCAAACUGGAGCUCUCUUACUGCCGACAUCUGCCCUACAACGUGACGUCCUACCCCAACGUCCUAGGCCACAAAUCUCUGGAAGAUGUGCAAAACGACGUGAUCGCAUUCAGGGAACUGGUGGACGCCGAAUGCUACAGGCUCGCCUACGACUUCAUCUGCCAGGUUCUCCAACCUUCCUGUCUUCCAGGACACGGCCAGGACGUGUUGCACCUGCCCUGCAGGAGCUUCUGCAGAGAGUUCUGGCUGGGAUGUGGGAAUCGACUCUCUGAUAGGAUCAGACAAGCUUUGGACUGCUCCAAUUUCCCGGAGUACGCGGACUCCGGGAGCUGCAGACCCAAACCUGGGUGCGUGCAGGACCUUCAGUCCAAAGCUCUCUCUCCAAGGAUUUGCGACGGAGUCAUCGACUGUCCGGAUUUAUCUGACGAGAAGAGCUGCUCUUACUGCCGCGACGAGUACGUGCAUUGCGGAGUCGGCAGAGCUUGUAUUCCGAGGUCUAAACGCUGCGAUGGAAACUUGGAUUGCCCUAAUGGCAGUGACGAGAAGGACUGCCUGAGUCUGGCCCAGAGCGUCGCGUCUGUAAAGUCCCAACCUAUGGACACUCCUCAUCUUCCAAGAUACAUCGACGAAGGAUAUGUGGUCUUCAACGAGAAAGGAAGUGUCGGGAAACUCUGCACGGAGAACCUCAAUGCCACGUUGCCGGAAACGGAAAUGGAAACGGUUCUGCAAACCGCUGCCAGCUCGCUCUGCAGCAUCCUGACUUUCAGCGGCGUCGAGUCCGUGGAAGUCAAGGUCGACGAGGAGGAAAAUGUUCAGUAUGUUCAUAUGGAGGAUCCUUCCGCAUCGGAGAUCACUUUCGUACGUGCACCUUGUCCCAGCAGAGAAGUGAUGUACGUCAAGUGCGCGGCCCUUGAAUGCGGAAUACAAGCUCUCAGAACCAGGUCCGGGACUUCCGGUCUCAGCAAGAUGGCGGAGCCUGGAGACUGGCCUUGGCAUGUUGCCCUCUUCAAACAAGAAGUCCAUGUUUGCGACGCCACCCUGGUGGCGGCUAAUUGGCUGCUGACAACUGCCUUUUGCUUCCAGGGCGGGUUCGUUAUCGAUGAUUUUAGCCAACCCAAGGCAGAGUGGUCUGCUAGACUGGGGACUGUCAGGCUGAGCAGCACUUCGCCCUGGCAGCAAGAGCGCAGAAUCAUCGGCAUGGUCAAGUCCCCCGUUGAAGGAAGCACAACGGUACUCCUCAAGUUGGACAGACCAGUCGUCGCGUUUUCCGACUUCGUUCGACCCGUUUGUCUGCCCUCUAGCCGUGAUCCGAUUCCGACGAACGGAUCCCACUGCAACACCCUGGGAUGGGCCAGGAACAGGGAUCUGCUUCAGAGGGUCCAGCUGAGACUCAGCUCCAUGGAGAGAUGCGAGAACAUCAGUAUACCUUCUCUCAACAGUGUCUGCACCGAGACAGCCUUCUCAACAGAUGACUGUAACGAGGAGGAAGUGGCCGGAAGUCCCAUGCUCUGUUUGUUAUCCGAUGGAAGGAGAUGGGCUUUGACAGGAGUCGGAAGCUGGAGGAUAGCGUGCUCCAAGGCUGGAGCAGAGAGACCAAGGCUCUACGACAAGAUCUCCUCCAACAUCGCUUGGAUAGAAUCCACCAUUGGCUGAGUCUUAUCAUGGAAUUAACAAAAGUCAUGUCUUCAUCGCGAACGGAUGAUGGGUAGAUCCGCUGGGAGUGUGGACGGCUUCGGGGAUGGGAUCUCUGGAAGCGGAGUAUUAUCAACGCGACUGAUAAUGAGUUUCUACUUGUGAUAGGAUCACCGUAGGUCAGGAAAAUAUUGCCCUAGGUAGAGAAUUGUCAGAGAUUCAUUCCCUGCCGUUAGAGAUCCUUAAAGGACUGCACGAGGAAACUAACUAAAGGGCGCCUAGACUGUCGGAUGACGAAGAGCGCAGGGACGAUUGUACAUAUCUUAGCACGUAGAACAAUGUUUACCGAGAAUCUCCAGUUAGAGUUGAACUUUACCAAGUAUUGUAUAACAAUGCCUAAGGACGUUGCUUCCUAGAGGGAGCGUUUGUGGAAUCGAAUCGGAGGUCUUCGAUGGGCGAGCCGAUCAGCUGUUUCCUCGAGAAUCCAACCAGAGAGAAGAUCUCGAAGAGGUCGGACCAGGAAGCUGUACUUUAAUUUAUUUUUAUCCCGGGAGUCUCGACUUCUAGCCCGUCAUUGUUACCUAUGUAUACCGCGUCGUUCGUACUAGAAAUAAAAGGAAUUUCAGCCUUCCAUGUAA